AUGCUAUUGCUGCCAGAGAGCGAUGUAUUCUUCCACCUGAACCACCCGAUCCGAUGGGUGCGCGUCACCGGAGUAGUCGUCGCGAUCGACGAAUACUACGGCCGCCGCAUCUACACCAUCGACGAUAGCACGGGCGAGUGUAUCGAGUGCGCGCUAGCGAUCCCGAAACCACCUAGUACCAAACUCCAGAACGAGAAAGCAGGGCGCAGCGAACCGGACGCUUUGGCUGCUACAAAGGGCAAUAUCUCGGACACCGCAAGCGAUACACAUCCCGUCCCGGAGCCGACGCUGGACGUCGAUAUCGGCAUGGUACUCGAGGUCAGGGGCAGCGUCAAGCUCUUCAGGGACCAGAAGCAGAUUGCUAUCCAGACUCUACAACACAUCAGGUCGACAGAGCAGGAAGUCCAGUUCUGGAACAAGAUCCGCGAUUUCCAGCGAGAUGUCCUGAGUCGACCCUGGGUGCUGAAGGACAGGGAGGUGCGCCGGUGGAAGAAGUUGCAAGACAUCGAGCUGAUUCGCGAAGAGAAGGAAUCCAAGAAGGCUAAGAAGAUGGCUGAAGUCGCGGUGGAGAACAGCAGCCUCCCCAGCCGACUGAUGGCCAACAGCCUUGGGAGUCAUAGGCGUCGACCAGUUGACGGAUACGCCCCAGGCCGGGACAAGUCAGGAGAGGGUGCCAAAUCUCGGAGCAUGAGAGCAGAGCACUCGUCUCGCAUCAAGAGGGUGAAGUCAUAUGCCGAGGGCCAGUACGAUGCGCUUGGGCUGUGA